AUGACUCGGUGGGGGCAUGAGUUGUCAAUGCACAAUUAUGAGCUUAUCUACAAACCAGGGAAAGCCCAUCAUGUCCCAGAUUUACUCAGUAGACAUGUGAACCCUGUCGAUCAGGAGAAUAAUCCCCUUUUAAAUCCACAGAAUAUAGCCGCUGAGCAGCGCAGGGACCCACUGUGGAAUGAAAUGAUAACUUCUUAUAGGACCUUACGAGCAGAAGCACUGAAAUAUGCGCAUUCCGACCCCACAGCAGCACAACCUGGGAUUUUUCGGACUUAUUGUAGACUGCGAGAAAGAUUUUAUUUCCCCGGUAUGCUCGCCGAGACACGACGGUACGUUAAAUCUUGUGUACCUUGUCAGAGACGCAAAGGCCUCACUAGACGGGCAUACUUAGAACAUAUGCCAGAUGUUACAGGUCCAUUCGACCGAGUAUCAGCAGACCUUGUAGAUUUGCAUCAUUCUGCACGAGGAAAUCGGUAUGUGCUGGUCCUGAUUGACCAUCUCACUAGGUUUAUUCAGAUGAUAGCCUUGCCUAGUAAAGACGCCGAAACAGUAGCCGAGGCGAUCUUAAAGGAGUAUCUUACACUCUUUGGUCCACCAAAAGCCCUACUGACAGACAGAGGCAAAUGGCAUGGUAGAAAGGGCCAACCGUGUGAUAAAGGAUGCCUUAGCCACUCUCAGCCUGGAGCAUCCCGAGGAUUGGGACGAUUUGCUCCCAUAUUGCUCAACACAUCGGUCCACAGAAGCGUUAAAGACACGCCCCUAUUUCUUCUGACAGGACGAGACCUAUAUUUCCCCGUAGGCAACACGAACCAACAGGACGUGGACGAGACCGCAGCCGCUACGUACCGACAGCGCCUGCAGGCAGCCAGAGAAACAGCCGUUCAGACGUUCCGCGAAGCUCGUAGACGCUGGGCGCAGGACCACGAUGGAAACCUACGUCGCCCGCACGAGUUCCAUCCAGACGACCUCGUCCUUGUAAAGGAGAACCUGACACAACAGCGCGGCCGCCACGCCGCCCUAGCGGUCCAGUGA